AUGUUGGGUGCUCCUAUCGCUCUUGGGCCUCCCGUUGUGAUGGAAUUAUUUGCAGAGCAGGACCGUGGCAUCGCAUUGGGAACAUGGUCUGUUUUUGUCACACUUGGCCCUCUGACCGGUCCAUUUGUCAUGGGUUUCGUUUCCGAGCGACUUGGAUGGCAGUGGAUCUAUUGGAUCUUCACUCUCAUCAGCGGCGCACAGUUUGUCUUAUACUUUUUAUUCAGCCCUGAGACAAGAUAUAUUCAACGGGAGAAGUCAACCAGCACGUCUAGCUUGAUGAAGUUGAUCACAUUCUCACGCAUUGAUCCCACCCCUUUCUCCAUGUCCGAAAUCAUCCGGCCUUUCUCAAUGGGGAAGCGAAUGACCAUCCUGCUGCCUGUGCUUUCGCACAGUAUGAUCUUCUGUCUCUCAGCUGCAAUGUUGACAAUGGAGAUCCCUCAGCUGUUUGCCACUCGCUUUGAGCUUGGCCCAGAGCAAACUGGUAUCCAAUUCCUUGGUAUCAUCGUCGGCACCAUCCUUGGUGAAGCGUUCAAUGUUGUGGUCCUCAGCUUGAUGAACAGACGAACGGUGGAAAAGCAACCGCACGCUGUGAAUCCCAGGAAUUACCUGAUUGCAAGUUAUUUGGGCUUCGUCUCCAUGAUUGUUGGGUUGGUUGUCUUCUGUGUUCUAUUGGGCAACACACUGCCUAUGCACUACAAGGUGUCCCCGAUCAUUGGCAUUGGUGUUGCAGGAUUCGGAAACCAAUUAGUCUCCAACUUUUUGAUUAACUAUAUCAUGCACAUUCAUUCAGAUAAUGCCGCCAAUGCAUCAAUCUUCUUAGGUUUCAUUCGCCAGACGUGGUCCUUCAUCGGGCCUUUCUGGUUCCCUGCCAUGUUUGAAACUGUGGGCAUUACAAACUGUGCUGGGCUUCUGUCUGCGCUAGUGGUCAUCAGUGCCCUGCCUGUUAUAUGGCUGCACUGGAGGUCCCGAAGCUAG